AUGGAGGACGACGAUGAUUUCCUAGCUUUGGCUUUUGGUAGCAAAGGACGCUCUGGAAACAAGAACAAGAGGAGACGAGAAGUCAGCUCGAGUGAUGAAAGUGACAGCAGCAAGACUGAGGGCGAAUAUGAUGAUGAACAGGACGCUAAAGGAGAAGACGAUGAUAAUGAAGAUGAUUACGAUAGUCCCAGAUUCUCUUCUUUAAAGUCAAAUACGAGUAAACAGCCUAAAAAGUCAAAGGAACGUCGUAGCAGAGCCCAGGACGAUGAUGACGAGGGAGAGUCUGACCGAGAGGACGAAAGUGUGGAUGCAAUGAGGAAGAAAAUAAGAAUGUAUGAUGAUCGGGGCUAUGGCAAUAGUGAAGAUCGAGACAAGUUAUCAAAAAUGCCUGAAUUUGAACGAGAACAAAUAUUGGCUGAAAGAUUAGAUCAGAAACAACAAUGGCAAGAACGACUUGAGGUCAAGGAACGGCUGCAGCAAGUGCAGCAAGAUGCUCGACGUUCGUCACGAAAAGUAGAAUCCAAGGUCUCAAAAAACUUGUCGAAAUUGAAAAAGGAAAGGAAAUCAUCUAAAGCCGCCGCAUCCGAAUCAUCAAGUCGUAAAAAGAAAAAGUAUUCAGAUGAUGAUGAUAGCGAUUCCAAGUAUGGUGAUUCAGACGACGACAAGAAGAAGGGCUCUCUACCAGUGGCGAUUGAAAUCAAACUCGAAGACUUGCGUAGUAUCCAAAUCCGAAGAUCAGAUAUACAGAAAUGGGUCUUCCAUCCAUUCUUCAAGUCACUCGUCACUGGCUGUGUCGCUCGUCUGGGUUUAGGCCUUGAUCCUCAAGGAAACAAUGCCUACCGACUGGUUGUCAUCACGGAUACGCAAGAAUCCAACAAUCCAUACAAAUUGGAUGAUGGAUUUGUGGUUAAUCAAGAGAUCAAAGUCUCGCAUGGCAAGUCUUCAAAGACUUUUAAGAUGGCUACAGUCUCGAAUGAGUGGAUCACUCAGGCCGAAUUCGAUCGAUGGAAGAAAACCAUGGAAGUGGAUGGUCUCAAACUUAUGAGUGUUAAGGAUGUUACUAGGAAGAAACAGGAAAUCAAGAGUCGCCGUGAGCGCGCCUUGACUUCUGAGGAAAUCACUCUGGAGACCAAUGCUAGACGACAAUUCAACGUUGUUGCUCAUACCAUCCGAGAGAAGGCUACGCUCCAACGUUUACAAGAAGAAGCAACCAAAGUUGACAACAAGGUUGCAGCCGAUCGAUAUAAAAUGCAAUUGGAACGUCUAGAGUAUGCCAUGGAGGAAGAAAAGAGGAGACAAAUUGAAAAGGCCAGACAUCUAGAUCAAAUCAAUGAUGCCAAUCGCAAAAAGAAUGUGCAGGAAGUCAAGGCUGCUGAAGUGGCUGCUGUACAGGCUAAAUUAGAAAAGGGUGAUAGUGGGUUGGAUCCUUUUGCAAGAAGGAGAACCUUGAACUUUCGUAUGCUUGGAAAGGAAAAAUCACCUGAAAAAUCACCUAGUCUUGGACCAACACCAAACACUUCAACAACCGAAACAAAUGGAAAUCCUCAAUCAUCACCUUCCAAACCAUCUUCAUUACGACCUGCAUCCAUGUCGCCACUACCUAUGCCAAGUCCAGCUCGUAAAAUAAUGAAUUCUCAAAAAGAAUUGGGCAGUAGCCCUGGUUAUAGUAAUAAUGGAGCUACACCUCCUGUAUUGAUGGGCAGCUCUGGUGCUGCUGUUGUCUCAUCUAGUAAUGGAAACUCGAGUACAACAGCAUCAGCAGUAGCAUUUAAAGUCAAACCACCGUCAAUCAAAGUGGUGGCUGAUGACGAUGAAGACGAUUCCUUUUUGGAUUCCCUUGAUUUGUGA